AUGUCGCUUACUACUGAAGAAGAUAUGGUGAAGCCCGACUUCAUAGACGCGGAUCUGUGUGAAACUUUCGAUUUCGAACAUGGAGAGGACCCCAAAUCGAAGCGCCGCUACGAGGAAUGCCUUGAGGCCGUUACAUCAUUUCGAGAGAAGCUCGAAAGUCUCGACGACUUCAUGGAUAUCCAAGACCAGGACUUCCGUCGCUUUGUCCUAGCCCUCGAUCAUCUGAUACUCUGCGACCAGAUCUUCAGCUCCAUCUCCAUCUGCAGCAGGACGAUCGCACUUUUCUGGUCAUUUUUCUACGAUGAGAGUAGCCUUUCAAGAGGAAGCACUUAUUUUGAUGCUCCAAAAGAUUGGCGUGGUCCAAAAGAUUGGCGCGGUUCAGGACACUUCCUACGUUUGAAUUUUGCGCAGUUGAAGACGCCACUGGAGUUGAUCGGCACUCUUCUGCAUGAGAUGGCGCAUAUGUACAUUACUGCAUCGAUGAAGGAAGAAGUCGAGGCAGGUCGCCAAGUACGAGAGCAUUUGGUCGGCGUGACGGGCCAUGGGUAUUACUGGCAGAGACUUGCUCGUCACAUCGAGUCGAAAGCACACAAGAUCAUAGACAAGCGCAUUGACCUCAACUGCUUCGACGCUUUAUGCGUGGAAAGGGAGGCAAGCGGAAUCGAACGCAGUCAAGCCUAUUAUCAAGAGAUAUUCAAGGGUUGGAAGGGAAAGUGUGGCAGGCCGUUAGCAGAGCUUGCGCAAGAGUGCGUCGAGUCGUGGCACAUCGAGUGUCUCAACAAGCUCAACAAGAAAGCAUUCGAGGAAAUGGCUUUCCCUGUUGACGAAGAGGAAAUCGAGACAGCGGGUGAUGAGGCAGUGCCUUCAUCAACGACUUCAUCAAAUAGCGAAGAUGAUGACGAUGACGAUGAAGAUGACACCCUCGUCGCCCAUAUGCAACCCAACACCCAUAUCAACCCAACAAAGUCCUUUUUGAACUUUUCUUGCCUUUUGGCAAGAUACGUGUCUGGCUCCGCUCUUGUCUCACCAGCUCUUCGACCACGGAUCAGUCCCAGCAUCAAGCCAUUGCUCCCAGAAAGAGCAAAUCGACAUCAACAAUACGGGUCUGUGCCGUUUUUGAAAAAGGCACAGCUUCCCAUUGACUCGCACUCCACCGUCCCCUCCACCGCGGAGACCUCGCCGCCCAGCGAGGGAAGCACUGUCUCGCCCCCGGGGCGCCCGCCAACACCAUCUUCGGCACUGUCUGCGGCGCCGGGCGCCAUGACCGUCGAUCCGUCUGCUGCUCCGAAUGCGGGAGCGCAGAGCGCAGUCAGCGCCCCUGCUGACAUCCCCGCCCGCAACACCGACGAUCAAGCCACCGAGAAGAUGUCGAGAACGCCCUCAAGCGCCUCGCCAUGGCCGCAAAAGACGAGCACGAGAACCACCCAAGCAAGACCGGCAGAGUUUCCCGCUGCAGGGCCAACCACUGCCAAGGAAGCGCUUGGGGAGACAGAGGAGUCCAAGCCUUCUGCUGCUCUUCCUCACAAUGACGGCGGCCAGAGGGAGGAUGGCUAUGCUGACACGAGCGCAUACGGACCGGAGAAGCGCCUCAGCGCUGGCCCAGAUGCUUUGGCACAGGCUCCUGGCAAGCAAACUCGCCCUGCCGAAGGUCCUGAACGACUAGGGCGUGAGAACGAAAGGCUCAAAGUAUUCCUGUGCGACCGCCAGCGAGGGCCCUCUGCUCAAGCCGCGCAAAGCCGAAGACGAAAGCUGGAGGCCCUUCUUCGAGCUGGUGAUAGAUCAAUACUCAACAGGAUAGGCGCAAGAGAUCCGGAUUGGCAAGCGAGAAGGGCACACCGCAUGGGUAUGGCUCUCGCAACCGUCAUGGCACCUCCACUAGAUCCCCCGGGAGUCACUGCGAUGAGAUGGAAAAGAAAAGCCGAUACACCCUGCAAGAGCAGGGACAAGGACUCGUAUACGGAUAUCAUGUUCUCCUUUGAGUCGACCUUCCACGGAGCUAUGCAGAAACGAUAG